GUUUGGUGCAAAGCUUGAUGAUCAUUGUAUGACGUUUAUGUAUGUUUUUAUUUAUUUGUAUAGUGCAACCACGAAGUUAUAAAAGUGUAAAAAAGUAAAAUGGCGUCGUCCCGUAAAAAGCAAGACGAAAAGAACUUAAAAACUUUAAGAGAAUUGGCUUCAUUACCAUAUAAUAAAUAUUGUUUCGAUUGCAAUCAACGAGGGCCUACAUACGUUAACGUCACCAUAGGUUCUUUUGUGUGUACGAAAUGCUCCGGAAUGUUACGAGGGCUGGCUCCGCCGCACAGGGUAAAGUCGAUUUCUAUGGCUGCGUUUUCGCAAGAAGAAGUUGAUUUUUUAUGUAAUCGGGGUAACGAUUACUGUCGUCGAACGUGGUUAGGAUUAUACGAAAAUAACACGCAACGAGAUUUGCGGGACGAACAGGCCAUCAAAGAUUUCAUGGUAGAUAAAUAUGAAAAGAAACGUUACUAUUUAGAACCAUCCGCGGUCUCUGUUAUCAAAAACACUCCCAUCAAUGCCGCAGCUUCGUCGUCUCAGAUAGUGAACAAAACCGCUCCCGACGUGAAACCUCUAAGUAGUAUUUUACCACAGGUCAAACCUCUAAUGGUGAAUAGAAAUUCUAAACAGCAAAACAUUGCGAAUAUGACGAGGGGUAAUAUUUCACGAAACGCAAGGAAAGAGACCGACGAUUUCGUUGCAGAUUUCGGUUCUGCCGAUAUUUAUAACGCCGCAGGUUCAAAUGUCACUGUGGACAAACGCAACAACAAUUUAACAACUCAACCGUCCUUUUCUUCUUCAAACACCACCGACAAUAAGAAUAAUUUUACUAACAGUGUGGAAGAUUUCAAUUUUGCAGAUUUCUCCUAUUUUAACACAUCUUUUAAUGAAGUGCCUCAAUUCCCAAUGUUCAAUGUCAGUAAUCGGUGGAGUCUUCCGACUCUGAGUACUGCUAAUGUUCCUAUUCAAGCUCAUAACAUAGGGGGGCCUCCAGCUCCUUCUGAAGACCGUUAUGCCGCUCUUAAAGAUCUUGAUAAUGCUCUCAAAUCACAACCCACUUUGGAUUGGAAUUCUUCAGGUUCUAAUGGCUCUCUUUACAGUUCUUCUGCAACUCCUACUAGCUCUCUAUAUAGUUCGCCUUCGCCUCAGAACUCUUUGUUCGGGUCACCUCCUAGUCAAGGUCAGUUUCUAAAUAUGUUUCCUCAACAACAAAGUGUCAACAAAAUGUCUAAUCCAUUCAAUACAAAUUCAAUUUGGAACAGUGACGAUAUGCAGACAAAAACUACAAAUGGCGUGGCUAAUCCAUUUCAAAUAGAAAUGCCUAAAGUCAACGGAUUUACGCAGAAUUUUCCAAGUCCAUAUAUUUCCAACAACACUCAAACGUCGUGGAAUGCUAAUCCUUUCAUGCUAGGCUCCAUGUCGAAUGGUCAUUCGAAUAAUCCUUUUUUGUGAGUUGACCUGUUUAGUCUCAACGCACGAAUUGGGCUCAUGCUAAGAAAUAUUUUAUAUAGUAACGUGAUCGUAUAUAAUUAUAGAACGUUAAAUAAUCUGUUUUAUUUAUUUAUUGUUUUUCGAUAUUUAGUUUAAUAAUUUUUGUUCUUUUUCUCGUGUAAAACACCAAAAUGUUUAUUUUUUAUAAAUGCGUUUCUUUUACUGUUAAAACGAACAACAAACGCUGCAAUAUCGAGCUUGAAUAUUAUACUUAUUGAAGACAAUGUACUUUUGCCUAACAAGGGAAAAAUAAUGAUCUUUAGCAAAUAGGUCAAAUAAUAGUAUUUUGUAUGAGUGUACACGACAUGCUGGGGUCGAGGUUUCGCUAAUCUAAAACAUUUAAUCAGUGCCUUACUUUUUUAUUUGCUAUAAUUAAUAGAUUGAAAUUAACUUUUUACAAACGGCCUGAAUUUUGUGAGAUCGUAGUAUUUAAACGCGUGGAUAAUACUACAUUCGUUAAACUUAAUUAAUUUCAUCGUUAGUGUGUUGUAAAUACAGUAUAAACUCUGUACAGCGAAAUGUAAAACACUGAACAUUACGUUACUGAGAGUUCAUCAUAUGCGGAGUAGAAAAAGUAAUAUACAUAAAACAUACGUUUAGGAGUACAAGUAUACUACUUUAGGGAUAGAAGAAAAAUAAAAAUAGAAAUAUUUAAAUAUUUUAUGGCGGCCAAACUACUAACAAAUGAAAGAACGAAUUUGGAACAAUGACGACAGUCGAGAUAAACAUAAGCUAGGUAAUAAAAUCGCUUGAUGGAAUUGUGCUGCAAUUCUUAUCAAUUUCGGCAACUUAGUGUUUUCAAAGAAAUAAUAAUUGUUUAUUUUCUUUAAAUAAUGAUGUUUUGUUUCAUUAUUGAGAGUGGGUGCUACACUACUUGGAGUGAAUGAAUGUAUGGGUAAUAAGAUUAAAUAAUUUCUUCGUUAAAUAGGAAUUUGUUAUAUGGAGUUUACACUGUAUUAUGGUCUGGUUUAAAAAAACGUUUUUUGUUGUGUGCCAUAAAAUCGUAACUUUAAAUAUCACGUCCAUCGAAAGGCCUAGACCCUAGAAGAAUUCAGAAAAUGCUAAAAAUUACUACUUGUCUUAGGUAGAACAUUUUAGCAAUUCACAAAAAUGUUUUUUGUUCCUUGUAGUUUUCGACAAUUUGCUG